CCUUUCCAUGCGCAACCAUGCAUCUGCAUCACCCUGGCCGCAAACACAUACUAUGACAAGUGGCUUCAAGCGGUCUCUCUUUUCUAAGCCUGCAUGGGCUGCCGCUCCCACGCCAGCAGCCUCAUCAAACUCGAAAGACAACGACUCCAUCUUCGGCCAAAAUAAUGUCUACAACGAUAUAGUCCAGGCCGAAGAGGAGCGCCGCCGCCGCCAUCUAGCCAAAGCGCAACAACGGGCAAAAAAUGCCAACGACGCUGGUCACAAGGCCAAGAAGAGGAGGGUUUCUGCCGACUCAGGUGAUGAUGGCCAUCCAGAGUCCGAUGCGCGAAGCGCAUCCAGCCCAAGCAGCGGUGUACCCGGGACUUCGAGGCAGCAUAGCCCCAUGACCAGCAAGGAGCGAGUCUCUCCCCCGGCUGAGAUCAUUCACCAACCCAUAACAAGAAGUACUCCAAAGAAAGAGAAGAAACUCAACAGUGGACUGGAAGAUUUGCCGAGACCCCGUCACGCGCCCCCUUCAGACCCCACUGCCACAUCAGUUGAUGCGGAGGAAGAACAAGAUGAGCUCGUAGUGUUGACACCACCGAGACCGCAGAAGAAGUCAACUCCCGUCAAAUCCAGGCCAGCCCCACCACUCAGUGAGGGAGAAUCGGAGGAAGAAAGCGAAUUUGUCAAGGAGCUCAAAGCACAAGCACGAGAAAAAGCACGGCUUCGACGAUUAGGCCUUGAGCGCGAGAGAUCUCGCACUCCCUAUGACUCCUUUACAGAGACCAAUAAUGUCGGGGGUACUUCUCGCGUGGCCUCAACCGGAGCACGAACAGAAUCACCUGUUUCCCCAAACCAAGCUGCCUCGACCAUUCUCCGAGAGACCACCGUUUCGCAACCACCUGAAGAUGAUCCUGAGAUCAAGCUCUACAUCAAAUCGGCUAUCCCCUCCACAAAAGAUCUUAUUGUCAAACGCAAGACAUCGCAACCACUCAAACAGGUUCGUGAAUUCUGGUGCAACAUCAACUCAGUUGACCCCAAAACCGCAAGCCAGGUGUUUUUCACCUGGAAUGGGACUCGGUUGUUCGACUCGACGACCAUGAGAGGUAUCAUUCAGAAGCUCAAGGCAGACCAUGCUAGAAAGAACAGGAGCUUCAGUCAAGAUCUUGUCGACUUGCACAAAGACUCGGACGAUGAAAUGAUAGAAGACCCUAGCCGGGGCCAAAUCAUGAUUGAAGCCUUGACGCACGAUAUUUUUGAGCAGCGGCAACGGGACAAGGAGAAGAGGGCGCGACAACAAGCAGAAGGAAUAGAGGCCUCGGAUGAGUAUGAAGGCGGGGCCGGGGGCGCAAGCGAAGCUGCUGCAAAAGAAGAAGAAAAGAUGCGGACCAAUAUCAGAAUCCGACUGGUAGCUCGUGACUUGGAUCCGUUGACUUUGAAUGUUCGACCUCAUACAUCGAUUCGCAAGAUAAUGCAGGGAUACGCUGUCCAGAUGGGGCUUGACAAAGGAGCCACCGCUUGGCUAGUGUUUGAUGGUGAGAGGUUAGAUCCAGAGAGUACCGCCGAGGACGUUGGAUUCGAGAACGAAGACGAAAUCGAAGUUCAUAUUCGUUGACGUCAGCAACUACAAGAGCCAUCGAAAGAUGCAAAGUGGAACUUUGUAGGGUUGGACUCAUGUUAUUCUUGACUUUAUCCAUGUGAAUUACGAGUAGCCACAGAAUUAUGA